AUGCGCCAAUUGGAGCAACUGUAUGCACCGGUCCAACACUCAGCCAUUGAGGUGAGUGCAGCUCCUUUAGGUCGUGGACAGUCGCCUAUUCAGGGCCGUUCACCUGCUCACAGUGGGCCUGUCAUCACCCCUAGAUCUUCAACUCCUACCUCAACUCGAUCAAAGCGCACAUGUGAGGCUGUCAAACCAGACAAGUCCGAGCCAAAGAAGAAACCUGAGCCGAAGCAAGUGAAGGGUAAGAAGAUAGAGUCGGACGCUGAACACUUGAAGACAUUAAUGGAACCUGUUCUCAAGGAGGAUAAGAAUGAGAGGGUAUCAAAGCGUACUUUGAAGCAGGCAAAAUACAUCCACAAUAUGGUUGUCGAGCAGGGUAAAAACAUUAUCACCACAAAGGAAGCUGAUGCUCAACAUCAAGCCGUCCUCCUUCAGCUGGCCAAGUUGCAGAUAUUCUGUGAAGGGAAUGCUCAGCAUACUCAGAUAACCCUACAAGAGAAUGCCCAGUGUACUCAGCUUGCUGGUGAGGACAUGCAAUUAAAGCGGUCCGCCCAUGGACUUGAAGCACUGAAGAUUCAGUACCAGAUGGGCAUUACCAGGCUAAUGGACAUUCCUCAGAUCUCGCCCGAAGUGUCGCACUUCCUAUCAUCAUCUGCAUCCAUUGACCCUGCCAGGGGUUCAACACUCUCCACGUCAGCUCCAUUUGCUCCUGAUGGUUUGGAUUUUGAGUCCAACAACUCUGCUGGGGGCUCAUCGCUCCUCAUGUCGGCUCCAUUUGUUCCUGAAAACCUGGACUUUGGCUCAAGUUCCAAUACGGUAGUUUUUGGUAUUGAUGACCCCAAUAGCCAGGCUAUUGACAAGUACAUUUUAGCUUUUGUUAGUGGUACUGUAAGGACCAUUUAUUAUUUUCUCUAUGUCUUGGUUUUCAAACGCUUUCCCCGUUACACCUCUGCUCUAGGGCUAGAGGUAUCAUUUGCUAUUCUACUGCUCAUAGCCCUCACAGGCUUUCUCAAUCAUCAUUACCACUUUAUAUCGCAGAUCAGAGACUGGGUAUCACUCCCAGCCAGCCAGCACAAUGGGUAA